AUGACUGAGACACAAGGACCUUUGGACACUGUACCUGAGCAAAAUUACCCCCCACUCAUAACUCGCAACAACUAUUGGGCUAUCAAGGAAUUGAUAAAUCAAGUCGUUAGCGAAGAUCAGGAGUACGUCUCGUGGAAGUUAAAGGAUGUGCGCACUGGUGGAACAAUGAAUGCAUAUCUCAACGAUUUCUUGAAUGGAGUCAAUGAGAAUAUAGGUACCUCAGCACAGCAGCCAGAAGAUUUACACAACCUUAUGCGCCAAAAUAAAAAAGCGAGGAUGAGCAGAGUUCAAAAGAAGUCAACACUCAUCAACUCUGUGCCUAGAAAUAUCCGUUUCCCGAGGGAAAUUCACGAUGAACAGAUUGCCGGGCUGCCGCAGCCUAAAAUUUUGGAUCAGUCUGAGCAGCUAAAUUUACUACUGACAAAUCUGGAUGAGGAACAAAUGAACAGGUUUGAGGUAUUUCGCAGGACUUCGUUGGCUAAAAACAACAUCAAGAAAAUCUCAAGUCUCAUCACCAACCAGACUGUUGCUGCUAAUAUCAAUCUUCUGCUCGCUGGUGUGGGAAAGAUUUUUAUUGGAGAGAUAGUCGAAAAAGCCCAAGAGGUGAAAAAGCGGAAACUUGUGGCCUUGAUGGCUUCGAUAUUUCGCGAAAAGAAGAUGGCAGCUAACCGACUGAAAAAGAGUCUGAAAAAAUUGACCUCAAUGGUAGACGAGAACGACGAGACGCUGGAGGAUAGUGUAGAUGAGGAUGAGUGGGAUGUUAUAGACGACGAUGACGAUGAAGUAAGCUCAAAGUACAGUGAAAGUUUUAAUAAAAUUGUAAGGUCUGGUGUAAACAGUGAAGAAAACCGUCUUGGCAUUAUCAGGCACUACAACAGGUUAGUAAAAACCUUCAAUGCCCUGGAUGUUAGUGUUGAGAAAUAUACCAAUGGGCCCUUGCUGCCCGAACAUAUCAGAGAGGCAUGGAGACUUUAUCGAACCGAGAAUGAUACUGUACCUCAAGCAACUUGGAGAACACAGGGUGAGGGAAAUGGCUGGAUGUUUCGGUGA